AUGAUUGGUGCACCACCAUCAGGAGGCAAAGCCUCAUCUUCUUCACCAUUUUCCGCAACAAAUUUUCCCGCAAAUACAACAUCAGUCAUCGAUGGUAACGAUAAUAAUAAAAUGAAUAAUGGAAAUGCCGCUGCAUCAACCAUUAACAAAGAUGAUCCAGAUUGGAAAUCAAAACUAAAUAUUCCAGAAAUAGAUCGUCGUGCUAGAACAUCGGAUGUUACCAAUACAAGUGGACAUGAUUUUGAAGAUUACUGUCUUAAACGCGAAUUACUUAUGGGCAUUUAUGAAAAGGGUUGGGAAAAACCAUCCCCUAUUCAGGAACACUCAAUUCCUAUUGCCUUAACUGGCCGUGAUGUUCUUGCACGCGCAAAAAAUGGUACAGGCAAAACAGGUGCCUAUACUAUUCCCAUCGUCGAACGAAUUGAUCCAACUAAAAAUGCAAUUCAAGCAGUUAUCUUAGUUCCAACACGUGAAUUGGCAUUACAAACAAGUUCUAUAUGUAUGGAACUCUCAAAACAUAUUCAUCUACGUGUUAUGGUAACAACUGGUGGCACAUUAUUACGCGAAGAUAUUGCACGUUUACAAGAAGUUGUUCAUAUUUUAAUUGCUACACCUGGCCGUUUAUUAGAUUUAGUUAAAAAAGAUAUAGCUAAAAUUGAUGCAUGUCGAGUCAUUGUUUUGGAUGAAGCCGAUAAAUUACUUUCACAAGAUUU